CGUGGUCGUGGCCACUUAUGUACCCGAAAACCCGAAAAGAAAAGGAAAGGAAAAAGAGAAGCCAUAGCCAUUUGGCAUUUGCAGCCAAUUCCACAGCACAUAUUCUGUCCCAGUUCCUACUUUCACAGUUUCAAGCUUGCAGCUGCCUUCAUCUAUGGCGGCGGCGGCUCUGCAUCUCAACGCAAAACCGGUAAAUCUUUUUUCCCGAUCCAUCACCGUUUCGAAACCAUCGCCGAAGCUAUUCCGGGUCAGCUGCUCCGCCGGCACUUCUCCUUGGAUUGGGUUUGAUUACAAAGAGAUGCCUGUCGGUGGAGCUGCACUUGAUUUGACUGGGGUUCCAUUGCCAGACGAAACGCUUUUAGCAGCCAAGCAAUCUGAUGCCGUUCUAUUUGGCGCAAUUGGAGGAUACAAAUGGGAUGAUAAUCCAAAACAUUUGAAGCCAGAGACUGGGUUGCUUCAACUUCGAAAAGGUCUUGAAGUAUUCGCUAAUUUGCGGCCUGCAACUGUCUUUCCCCAGUUAGUGGACGCUUCAACUUUGAAGAAGGAGGUUGCUGAAGGUGUUGAUCUCAUGGUCAUAAGGGAGCUCACAGGAGGUAUUUAUUUUGGGCAACCAAGAGGUUUUAAAACCAGUGAAAAUGGGGAAGAAAUUGGAUUUAAUACUGAAGUGUAUGCAACUCAUGAGAUCGACCGCGUUGCUCGAGUGGCAUUUGAGAAUGCUCGGAAGCGACAAGGAAGAGUUUGCUCUGUAGAUAAAGCAAAUGUGUUGGAGGCUUCAAUGCUUUGGAGGAAAAGAGUGAUAGCAAUAGCUGCAGAAUAUCCUGAUAUUGAACUCUCGCACAUGUACGUUGAUAAUGCUGCAAUGCAGCUAAUUCGCAAUCCAAAGCAGUUCGACACAAUUUUGACAAACAACAUAUUCGGUGAUAUUUUGUCGGAUGCUGCUUCCAUGAUUACUGGAAGUAUUGGGAUGCUUCCAUCUGCAAGUCUUCGUGAAUCGGGACCUGGACUAUUUGAACCUAUUCAUGGCUCAGCUCCUGAUAUUGCUGGAAAGGAUAAGGCAAAUCCAUUAGCAACCGUUCUAAGUGCUGCUAUGCUUCUAAAGUAUGGCCUUGGAGAAGAAAAUGCUGCCAAAAGAGUUGAGGUUGCAGUUUUGGAUACUCUAGACAGAGGAUUUAGGACUGGUGACAUAUACUCGGCAGGAUGUAAACUUGUUGGAUGCAAAGAGAUGGGUGAUGAGCUAUUAAAAUCUAUAGAGUCCUAUGAACCUGCUACAGUUUGAGGCGAAAGCGGUAGCGAGAUUCUUCAUUGGCCUCCUCUGAUGUUGAUUUGAAUUCAUGACGUAAGGCACUGUUCCUCAAUAUUGAGGUCUCUCUUUACAAUUUUGUUGUAUUUUGAAAGGUAAGAACAAGUUGAAUUUAGGGUCUUCAUUUUUUCAGAACUAUAAAUAUCUGUCUUCUUGGGUGAUAAGUUGUAGACAUUUUAACAAGUACAAUAACUUAUUCAUUGAACCAAUUUGCUCCU